GGGCAAAGGGGAGACAUGUAUGGUCAUGGGCAUGGUUUGCGGUGGUGUUUGUCGAGCAAAGCAAAUGAUCAGCUUCUGAACUGGUGAUUGCUUCUUGACUGAGUCCAUACACCGACUAAUGUCUAGCGAAGCGCUUUCGAAAUCGUGCCAAGUAACAAACGAAAGUGAGAUUCUAUUCCUAAGUUCCAUGAGAAUUUCAGCAUUUAGAUUCUGGCCAUGGCUACCACAGAGAACAGAUAUUCGCGGACAAGUUGCGCCAAAAAAGUGGAAUAUCUGCAAUAUAAUUGAGGCCAUUCGGGAUGCUAGAGGACUUCAGCUUGCACGGAUGGGGACCCCUUCGGGAGUGGCUUGCGGAACUCUUCACGAACUCGCAAACCGGCUCUUACUGUACGAACCGUCGCUAGGAUUAGAAGUCGAUCACGAUGAGAAGAGUAGCGAUCUAUUUUCGAAUGAUCAACCCCAAUGUGCUCAAGAUGACGAUUGUUGUUGCCCCAUCAUGCCGAGGAGGAAGAGAAGAGCCACCGUCUUGGUCUGCCUCUUUGAAGGCCACGGAGGAGAGGUUCGAGUUAUUCUCACGAAAAGAUCGAUGAAACUGUCCUCUUAUCCUGGAGAUGUUGCAUUGCCGGGCGGAAAGAUGGAAGAACAGGACAAGGAUGAUGCCGCAACCGCAUUAAGAGAAGCGACGGAAGAGAUCGGCUUGGACCCAGAACUGGUUCAAGUUGUUGCUAAUUUGGAACCCUUCUUUUCUCAGCAUCUCUUCGAGGUCGUUCCCGUCGUCGGCCUACUUGCGAAGAUGGAAGAUUUCACGCCCUCGCUGAAUGUGGAUGAAGUGGAUUUGGUUUUCGACAUCCCUUUGGAAAUGUUUCUGAAGGAAGAGAAUCACAGAUGUGAGGAGAGAGAAUGGCUAGGAUGGAAGUACAUUCUUCAUGUUUUCGAUUUCCAACUGGAGCGAGAGACCUUCUGCAUAUGCGGAUUGACAGCGAGAAUUCUGAUUCGGAUGGCGUCGAUUGUUUUCCAGCGGCCUCCCUCGUUCGACCUGCACGCUCCCGACUUCCGACAACUGCAGCAAGUACUAGAAGAUAUAAGCUGGAACCUGAAAGUAGGCGCCCCGACAGGCUAAGCACUUGUGUCGCAGUCCAUACAUCUAUGGAGGUAAUCACCAAAGACAACGAAGGCCAGGCACAGAUCAAGGUACCCCUAUCCGCGCCACAUAUCGCCAUUUUCUCAGAUGCUGAUUCAAGAA